AUGCCAGUUAAGUUAAAAUGGCCCUGGUUGGGUAUCGCUAUACCAUGUUUUCUUAUUGCAUUUAUUGGCUACUCGGCGCAACUCUUUGUUUUACAAGGUUUUCUAUCUGUUAAACAACAAAUUUGGUUUCAAUUCAGUCUUACUAUGAUCUGGUUAUCAUACUACAAGGCAAUUUAUACCAACCCAGGUAGUCCCGUACCAGGUUUCCAGCCUUUGAAGCACGAAUGGAAGAAUUAUUGUAAAAAAUGUCAGAACUUCAAACCAGAACGUACGCAUCAUUGUAAAACGUGUGCUCAAUGUGUUUUAGUCAUGGAUCAUCAUUGUCCAUUCACAAUGAAUUGUGUUGGGUACAAUAACUUUCCCCAUUUUAUGAGAUUUUUGUUUUGGAUAAUAACCACAACUACGUAUUUAUCCAUUCAAUUCUUUAAAAGGACAUGGUUUGUUUGGAACAUUAGACAUUCCACUGCACAAUUGGUUACCAAGAAAGAGAUUAUAUUUUUGACCAUUUUGACACCAGCAAAUGCAUUUGUAUUAUUAACAAUAUCCAUACUAUUCGGUAGAUGCAUUAAAAACCAAGUGCUUAAUGGAAUGACACAAAUUGAAGCCUGGGAAAUGGAUAGAAUAGAAAGUAUGUUUUAUAACAGACGUUUAGUGCCGCAGCUACUUUCCAACUUGGAGGAGUUAUAUCCCAAUUCAUUAGAUGGUCAUAAAGGGGAAAUUGAUAGAAUCCUAAAUAACAGAAAAAUAUCCUUUGAAGAUUUAGUUAAUUUCCCAUACGAUAGUGAUCCAUGGCGUAAUUUAAUAAAUUGUAUGGGCCCAAUGCUUACAUGGUUAAACCCAUUUGGUAAACCUAAUGGUAAUGGUAUGGUAUUUGAAAAAAACGAAUUAUCAGCGUAUGAGCAUGGAUCUACCUUGACUGAUAAAUUACUUUCAUUACCUUGGCCUCCUGAUGGUGAAAGGGCCCCAAAUUCCUCCAAUAGUAGAUUGAAGGUCGAAUCAAGCACAAGAAACGGGGAACAUAUAAUUAGAAAAAGGUCACCGGAACCUAGGUUAAAUCUAUCUAGGACUGAAUGGUAUAAUGAUUGGGGAGAAAAUUUAGCACAUUUUGGUGUUGACGUGGAUGCUGACGACUAA